ACAAACAAUACCUUUACUGCUGGUCGAAAGACGUUAAUUGAUUAUUGUGCGAUAUUUUCUGGCAGUAUUUUUGUGUUCUUUGUUUAUCUCCGUCACGUGAAUGUCAAGUUCAAUGGUUACUAUUCGAAAGUAACUGUGGCAGGUGUUUAGUGAUGUCAUCAUAUAGGUAAUGAAUGACCAGCACACGAACAGCAUGAAUAUACAGAAUGCUGACGCAUAAAUACUCUGUAGAAGCAGAACCUGAAAGCAUCAGCCUGAGGGAAAGGUCUAGUAACCACUUGAUAAAUGAUUCUGUUGAGCCUAUUCUAAGUAGUGAUGAAGGAUUCGAGGCUGGAGAAGAUGAUUCCUUAUUAGAACCUCAUUACUUGCUGCGGAAAAAAAGAAGUCUAAAAUACAAGUUUUUCUGCUUUUUUUGUCAUUGUCUACAGCUGUUCUGUAAUAGGUUUCCCAAAGCCAUGCCUAGAUUGUGCCGUGAGAGGGAAUACAAGGCCCGCACUGUUUUCAUAGGUCGAACAAACAAUGAGAGCUUUCCGCCAAAUAUUAUUAGAAAUCAAAAAUAUAAUAUUUUGACAUUUAUUCCAUUAGUGCUCUUUCAUCAAUUCAAAUUUUUCUUGAACCUGUAUUUCUUAGUUAUGGCAUUAUCACAAUUUAUCCCUGAUGUUAGAAUAGGAUAUUUAUAUACUUAUUGGGGUCCAUUGGGUUUUGUGCUGACUGUGACACUUAUUCGUGAAGCCAUUGAUGAUUUCAGACGUUAUCGAAGAGACAGAGAAGUAAACUACAGAAAAUAUAGAAAAUUGACAUCUCGUGGUGUUGUGCAAGUUCCUAGUGCAAACAUAAAGGUUUCAGACCUGAUUAUAGUUGAUAAAGAUCAAAGAGUUCCUGCUGAUAUGGUUUUUCUGUCGACUACAGAAAAAACUGGAUCUUGUUUUAUUAGAUCUGAUCAAUUGGAUGGUGAAACAGAUUGGAAACUGAGAUUAGCUGUUUCUACCACACAACGUUUGUCUUCCACAGAUGAGUUGUUCCAAAUGGAUGCUUCUGUUUAUGCUGAAGAACCAAAAAAAGACAUUCAUAGUUUUGUUGGAAAGUUUACAAGAAAUGAUGGUGAAGGAGCAGAAGUUUCUUUGGGUAUUGAAAAUACAUUGUGGGCUAAUACUGUAGUGGCUUCAGGAACUGCCAUUGGUAUAGUCAUUUACACUGGUUCUGAAACUCGUAGUGUCAUGAACAAUUCUGAACCUAGAAGCAAGGUUGGAAUAACUGAUCUUGAAUUGAAUCAACAGACUAAAGUUCUUUUUGCUGCUGUUAUUGGUCUUGCUCUUGUAAUGAUGGCAUUAAAGGGAUUUGGUGGUUUAUGGUACCGAUAUUUAUUCCGUUUCAUCCUUUUAUUUUCCUACAUUAUACCAAUCAGUUUGAGGGUGAACUUGGAUAUGGGUAAGAUGGUAUAUUCGUGGAUGAUGCAAAAGGAUAAAGAUAUACCCAAUACAGUUGUAAGGAGCACGACAAUUCCUGAAGAGCUUGGCAGAUUAACAUUCUUGUUAUCUGACAAAACAGGAACAUUAACAAAAAAUGAAAUGGUCUUCAAAAAACUUCAUUUGGGAACAGUAGCAUAUGGAUCUGAAUCAUUUGAUGAGGUUGCUGCUCAUAUUAAAACAUCUUAUGCUCCGACUCCAUCUGGAAGCUCUUCUGCUGGUGCCACUCCAACCAAAAUGCCUUUGCCUAAAAUGAGAAGAACUGUCGUGACAAGAGUACAAGAGGCUGUCAGAGCUCUGGCUUUCUGUCACAAUGUAACUCCUGUCUAUGAAGAUACAGAUUCAGUUUGUAUUGAUACAUCUGAUACUGGCAUAAACUGUGAAACAGAAGCAGACCAACAAUCUAACCAAUCAUUUGUGUACCAAGCAUCAAGUCCCGAUGAGGUUGCACUAGUUGCCUGGACAGAAAGUGUUGGCUUAACUCUGAUUCAUCGAGAUAUAACUUCUAUGAAACUAAAAACUGCUCACAAUCAGAUCUUAAAUUAUUCUAUUCUUCAAAUAUUUCCAUUCACCUCCGAGACUAAAAGAAUGGGUAUAAUUGUAAAAGAAGAAAGCUCUGGGGAUAUUAUAUUUUUUAUGAAAGGUGCUGAUGUUGUAAUGUCCUCCAUUGUACAAUAUAAUGAUUGGUUAGAUGAAGAGUGUGGAAAUAUGGCUAGAGAAGGUCUAAGAACUUUAGUUGUUGCCAAGAAAGUUCUCACUGACGAACAGUAUGCUGAUUUUGAGGCUCGCCUGAAUCAAGCUAAAGUGAGUAUUCAUGAUCGAACAGCCAAAGUGACAGCUGUUAUAGAAAGUUUGGAAAGAGAUAUGGAGCUGCUUUGUUUAACUGGAGUAGAAGAUAAACUUCAAGAUAAUGUUCGUCCAACUUUGGAGCUUCUCAAAAAUGCUGGUAUUAGGAUAUGGAUGCUGACUGGCGACAAAUUAGAAACUGCUAUCAGCAUUGCCAAGUCUUCCCGUUUAGUUGCUAGAAAUCAGCAAAUUCAUGUCUUUCAGACUGUUACUUCACGUAAUGAAGUUCACUUGGAGCUUAACAAUUUCAGAAGAAAGAAUGACUCUGUUUUAAUCAUCAGAGGAGAUUGUUUAGAGCUGUGUCUGAAAUUCUAUCCAAGUGAAUUUAUGGAAUUGGCUUGCCAGUGUCCUGCUGUUGUCUGUUGUCGUUGCUCUCCCACUCAAAAAGCAGAAGUAGUCAGAUUAAUACAGCUUGAAACAGGGAAAAGAGCUUGUGCUAUUGGUGAUGGAGGAAAUGAUGUGAGUAUGAUCCAAGCUGCAGAUGUCGGUAUUGGAAUUGUGGGUAAAGAAGGCAAACAAGCAUCUUUAGCUGCAGAUUUUUCUGUCACUCAGUUCAGUCAUAUAGCCCGUCUCAUUUUAGUACAUGGGCGUUACAGUUAUAAGCGAUCUGCAGCUCUUAGUCAAUUUGUCAUUCAUCGUGGUCUAAUAAUAUCUACAAUGCAAGCAUUUUUCUCAGCUGUAUUCUAUUUUGCAUCUGUAGCUUUAUAUCCAGGUUUCCUCAUGGUUGGAUAUGCAACUAUAUACACCAUGUUCCCUGUAUUUUCUCUGGUAUUGGACAAAGAUGUUUCACCAGAAAUUGCACUCACUUAUCCUGAAUUAUACAAAGAGCUUUGUAAAGGUAGAUCACUGUCCUUCAAGACAUUUUUUAUAUGGGUUAUCAUCAGCAUAUACCAAGGUGGAAUAAUUAUGUAUGGAGCAUUAUUUCUUUAUAAAGCUGAGUUCAUUCAUAUUGUGUCCAUUAGCUUUACAGCUCUGAUUUUCACAGAGCUCUUAAUGGUCGCAUUGACUGUGCGGACAUGGCAUUGGCUAAUGGUGAUUGCAGAAUUAUUUAGUCUGAUCAUUUAUCUUCUUUCUCUGUUCUUUAUGAAGCAAUUUUUUGAUUCUGAAUUUAUUUGGACUCUUUCAUUUCUCUGGAAAGUUACUUUACUCACUGUUGUGAGCUGUGUGCCUUUAUAUGUUUUAAAAUAUUUGCAUAGAAAAGUCGCUCCUCCGAGUUAUGCAAAGCUUACAUAAAUAAAAACACUCAACUGAAUUGUGAGAGCACCAUUGGAGAGAGAAUGAAUGGGCUUGUAAGAACUUUUAUGUGAUAUAUUUUGAUUUUCCUUCUGUUUAAUAGUGUUGCUUAAAUUAUUUUGUACAAAUACAUUUGCACUUAUAAAAUCUUUUCUAUGUUUUUUUUUAAUUUUACUAUGUAGUCAAAUCAAAGUUGGUUGUUUUGUUUUUUUAAAUGAAUUUUGUGUUUUGAUGUUUUUUUUUUUUCCAAAAAUACUCCCAGCUUUCUGGACACUCAUUCUUUUAUACAUUAAUCAAAUGUAAUUAGAGUUAAAAAUAAUAGUGUGACUUCUUUACUUUUUUUUUUAUUAUUGUUUCUCUGUUGUGAUUGUAAGAUUCUGUGAUAUCAAUGAAGAAAAUUUGUAUGAUGUUUGAAAUAUCUUGUGUUAAUGAUUGUUUAGUUUUAAUAUUUCUUUGACAUGCAUUUAAGAAGAGCAGACUCUGUACUUCCUCAGUUAUUCUCGAAAUUUUAUAGAUUUUUGGAUGAAUUUGUCUUUUAUGAUAUCUUGUAUUUUUGAAAUUAUAAUAUUUUUACAACAAUAAUGUAUGGCUAAUUGCUCAAAUAUGAUAAGGUGUAUAUUUAAAAAUUUGUUUUUUCUUAUACUUAAGCUACUUCAUUAUUAUUUAGUUUACUUCAGAAAAUUGCUUGAUAUUUAUUUAUUUAUUCAAUUUGCUUGAUAUUUAUUAUAUUUGCACUCAGUCAUUGGUUUUAUAUGCAUCUCUUCACUGUAGAGUUGCAUUUUUUAACAUAUCAUGAAAAAGAAACUAAAUCUUAUAAAACCUCAUAAAAAAUUAUAUGUGAAACUUGCUUAAAGCAACUUUAAUAUUUCUUAUCCUAAUUAUUAAAAUCUUGUGUGCUGUGAUAUAUUUAAAAAUUGAUUCAUAUAUAAUUUAAUUCAAAAUUUUUUGUAGAUAAAUUUUUUGCUUUAAUAAUUGUUCAGAAAUAAUACUAAGCACAGAUUUAAAAACUUAUGAAAUGCUUAAAUUUUUUUAAAUCAACAUUUGUAAAUGUAAACAAUUCUUGAUUAUUGUUCAUUUUAUCUCAAAAACCAGUUGAAUUUGCAGUAUGACUGUAAACUUGUUUUGAAAGCCUUCCAUAUCUGGUGUUAUUCUCUACCAUUUUUAUCCUAGUCAUUUUUUCAAUAACUUAUUUCAUUAUUUUAGAUUUAAUAAUCCUGGAAUAAAUAUUAAUAGAAAAAAAUCCGGCAGCACUCUUGUUUCAGUACACCUUGCAUUUAUUUAAAAGGCUCUUAUAUGUCAUAGAGUAUUGUUUCAAAAAGCUGCUCUGUGCUCUUUAAAUAUUCUGUGAAAAUAUAGGCUCCAAAAUAAACUCUUCCUAUGAUUUUUAUUUUAAUUCAGUUUAUAAUUUUUUUAUGUUUUAUGAUGAAUUUUUUAUGCCAACCAAGAUGAGAGCUAACCGAGAUUUAAUUUCAUUAUUUUUCACAUAUUUUUUGGUUGGAAAAUUUGAGUACUACAAAGAUAAAUUUGAAGUGUUUUUGAUAUGUAAUGGAUCCAAAUUUUGAAUUCUUAGUUCUGAUUGUGAAGUAAUUUUUAUGUUAACCAAUACUGGUAUGUAGCCAAUUAAUGUGGAAAUGUUAUAAAAUGGAUAUUGGUAGGUUUUUUUUUUUAAUUCUAAAUUGUGGAUCUUCUGACCAAUUUCAUAUUUGUUUUAUGAGGGCUUUCUAUUAAUUUCAUUAUUUAAAUUGAAUUAUGGUGGCAAAUAAACAUAUAUAUAAUUGUUUAACUUUUGUGUGCUUUUUUCCCCCAACCAAUGUGGAAACGCUUUAUUUAAAAAUGUUUUAUUAUUAUUUAAUUUGUUAUAUAUAUAUAUUAGCUAUAUUUAUAUAUGUGGAUAACUUGCUGAAUUUUUCUGUAUUUUUUCCAUAUUAUGUAGAGAGCAAAAUAAUUCAAGUCUGUACUUGAGAUAUUUUAAAGGAAGUUUACACCUUUAUUAAAUUCCAUACAGUGAGGAUAAUAUAUUCUGAUGUGCUUAAAGGAGACAAUCUUUCACUUUUAAUAUUUUAUUCAAAAUUUCUCUCCCUUUGAAGUCAUUGUUUAUAACAUUCUUUUGCAUGAUUAGAAGUUUUGCAAUGUUUCAAUUCCAGCACCAGGUUAAAGCUUGUAAUCUUCAUGUAUUGAUUUCAAUCCAUUAUUGUCCAUAAUUUUGAAAUGCACUCAUUAUUUAAAAUGAUGAUACUCAUUCAUUGAUGAAUGGCCAAAUAUUAUUACUCAGUUUUCGUGUGUUUUAAUGUUUAGUGAAAUACAGGGUGUGCAUUUGUAUCCUUAAUCAGCAAAAUUAUGAUGAGACGAAGAAAGCUUAAGUUUUAGAUGUAAUGUUUGCCUGUAAUAAAGUGACUCUGCCCUUCUUGCUGAAACUUAAAACAGUGCUCCUAUCAGUGAUCUUGGACAUUGUAUUGAAAAAACUGAGAUGGCAAAAAAUAAGUUAUGUCUUAUUAUUAGACCUCUAUGUGUGUUCAUACGUUGAUUACUUAAGUAGAGGCUCUGAAAUCACUGAUUUUCAAUUGAAGUAAUGCUAUAGCACUUGGUGAAUUAGUCCAAUAUUUUAUGACAGCAUUAUUAAUUUAUUAUCCUUCUAAAAUUUAUACAAUCUGAUAUAAUGAAAAAUAAAAUUUAAAUUUAUUGGACUUAUUUUAUAUCCAUUUUUACAGUAAUGUGUAUUGAAAACGUUCUCUACUGGUAACAGUUUAAGGAUUUUAAAUUUACAAAGAGGUCCAUUUCAUAUUGGUAAUGUUGUGAUUUGUUUUUAAAUAGGCUCCCUCUUUUAUUUUUUGCCACAGUUUCAAAGGGGGAUACUGUAAUCACUUGUGAUAAAUUUUAUUUUUGGUCGACAUUACUUACUAAAAUCUGGCUUUCUUGAUCUGCAUAAAAUUUUGCAAUAUAAAGGUAUAAAUAUAUAUCUUGUAUGCAUAAAUUAAUAUUAGAAAAAGUAAAUCUGUUUCAACUCUAUUUUUAAAAAAAAGUAUAUCUUUAGACGUUUCAUGGUAAUGUUAAAAUUCCAACUGUAUUAAUUUUUACCUCUAUUUUGUAUUUGACUGUUUACAAUGUGCCUUUUUAAUGUUGUGUUUAUUCAAAAGAUGAAAAGUGGUAGUCGUGUGUGGCUGUAAUUUUAUAUCCCUUACUUGGUCAACCAAUAGUAGUAUUUUUGCCUUUUUAAAUGUUGAAGUCAUGUUCCAUGCUCAUAAUUUAAAACUGAUGUCUAGCAGAUUAUGUGGGUGCUGUUUGUAUAUCAUACCUUAUUGAUGUAAAUAUCUCAUUGUUAUUGUGAAUAAAAAUAUUUAUAGAA